GUCGAACGAGGCUGGCCUUGUAAGGAACGGAAAGUGAGGGAGGCGCCGAGGCUGUGGCGGCUGCUGCGCCAGGCUCGGCGGCGGCGUUGGCGGCGGCGACAGCGUAGGCCCGACCUCUGGUGUCUGUCAGCUCGCUCCGUCCCCUCAGCAUUUAUGGUUGCAGUGACAAUGAAGAAGAGAAGUGACUCAGAAUGCACUGCCCCCCUCAAGAAGCAGAAAAGAGUUGGAGAGCUUGCCCGGCACCUCAGCUCCACAUCUGAUGAUGAACCUCCCUCCUCUGUCAGUCAUGCAGCAAAAGCAUCUGCUACAAGCCUUAGUGAAUCUGACAGUGAGACUGAGGGGAAGCAGACCUGCUCUGACACUUUCAAAGAUGCCUUCAAAGCAGACUCCCUCGUGGAGGGUACCUCUUCUCGCUACUCCAUGUAUAAUAGUGUCUCCCAGAAACUUAUGGCCAAGAUGGGCUUUAGGGAAGGUGAAGGAUUGGGUAAAUACAGCCAGGGUCGGAAGGACAUCCUUGAAGCCUCCAAUCAGAAAGGUCGACGUGGCUUGGGUCUGACACUGCAGGGCUUUGAUCAGGAGCUGAACAUCAAUUGGCGGGAUGAGCCGGAGCCCAGUGCCUGUGAGCAGGUGUCAUGGUUCCCAGAAUGUACUACUGAAAUUCCUGACACCCAGGAAAUGAGUGAUUGGAUGGUUGUGGGAAAGAGAAAGAUGGUUAUUGAAGAUGAAACAGAGUUUUGUGAUGAAGAGCUGCUUCACAGUGUGCUGCAAUGUAAGAGUAUGUUUGACAUCCUGAAUGGGGAGGAGAUGAGACGAGCUCGGACCCGAGCCAAUCCGUACGAGAUGAUCCGAGGAGUCUUCUUCCUCAACAGAGCAGCGAUGAAGAUGGCCAACAUGGAUUUUGUGUUUGAUCGUAUGUUUACAAAUCCCUUGGACUCUCAUGGGAAGCAAUUGGUGAAGGACUGGGACACUGACCUUCUGUACUUCGCUGAUGUCUGCGCAGGCCCAGGUGGCUUCUCAGAGUAUGUGCUGUGGAGGAAGAAGUGGCAUGCAAAAGGCUUUGGGAUGACUCUGAAGGGCCCUAAUGACUUCAAGCUGGAGGACUUCUACUCAGCCUCCAGUGAGCUCUUCGAGCCCUACUAUGGUGAGGGUGGGGUCGAUGGAGAUGGAGAUAUUACCCGCCCAGAAAACAUCACUGCCUUUCGGAAUUUUGUCCUGGACAACACAGAUCGCAAGGGUGUCCACUUUCUGAUGGCGGAUGGGGGUUUCUCUGUAGAGGGGCAGGAGAACCUGCAGGAGAUCCUCAGCAAGCAGCUGCUGCUCUGUCAGUUCCUCAUGGCACUGUCUGUUGUCAGAACAGGAGGCCACUUCAUCUGCAAAACUUUUGACCUCUUCACGCCCUUCAGCGUGGGGCUCAUCUAUCUACUCUACUGCUGCUUUGAACGUGUGUGUCUCUUCAAGCCCAUCACCAGCCGGCCUGCCAACUCUGAGCGGUAUGUGGUGUGCAAAGGCCUGAAGGUGGGCAUAGAUGACGUGCGGGAGUACCUCUUCUCAGUGAAUAUUAAACUUAACCAGCUGCGGAACACUGAAUCUGACGUCAACCUGGUGGUUCCCUUGUCGGUGAUCAAAGGAGACCAAGAAUUUAAUGACUACAUGGUGCGAUCUAAUGAGAGCCACUGUAGUCUGCAGAUCAAAGCUCUGGCCAAGAUCCAUGCCUUUGUCGAAGACACGACUCUGAGCGAGCCUAGGCAGGCUGAGAUCCGGAAAGAAUGCCUCCAGCUGUGGGAGAUCCCAGAUCAGGCUCGAGUUGCUCCUUCUUCUUCAGACCCAAAAUCUAAGUUCUUCGAGCUAAUCAAGGACAUGGACAUCAAUAUCUUCAGCUACAAGCCCACACUGCUGACUGGCAAAACCCUGGAGAAGAUCCGUCCUGUGUUCGACUAUCGUUGCAUGGUGUCUGGCAGCGAGCAGAAGUUCCUUCUGGGCUUGGGGAAAUCCCAGAUCUACACCUGGGAUGGCCGCCAGUCAGACCGCUGGGUGAAGCUGGACUUGAAGACAGAGCUCCCCCGGGACACCCUUCUCUGUGUGGAAAUCGUGCAUGAGCUGAAAGGGGAGGGGAAGGCCCAGCGGAAGAUCAGUGCGAUCCACAUCCUUGAUGUCCUGGUGCUCAAUGGCAGCGAUGUCCAAGACCAGCACUUCAACCAGCGAAUUCAGCUUGCUGAAAAGUUUGUGAAAGCUGUUUCCAAGCCUAGUCGGCCUGACAUGAAUCCCAUCAGGGUGAAGGAGGUGUACAGACUGGAGGAAAUGGAGAAGAUUUUUGUCAGGUUAGAAAUGAAGCUCAUCAAGGGUUGCGGUGGCACUCCAAAGCUCAGCUACACAGGGCGGGAAGACCGGCACUUUGUGCCCACAGGCCUCUACAUCGUCAGGACUGUGAACGAGCCAUGGACUAUGGGAUGCAGCAAAAACUUCAAAAGGAAGUUCUUUUACAACAAAAAAACCAAGUACUCCACCUUUGAGCUUCCUGCAGACUCCAUUGCCCCAUUUGACACCUGCUACAAUGGCCGACUCUUCUGGGAGUGGUCAGAUGGCUUUCACAUGCGUGACUCCCAGAAGCCCCAGGACCCAGACAAACUGUCCAAGGAGGACGUCCUUUCCUUCAUCCAGAGGCACAGUCUUUGAGGACCUCAGGUCUCUGCCCCUGCUGAAUGCCAGGGCAGUCCCAAGGCAGGAUACUUGGCACCUAGUUCCUUCUGCCUCUUGGAAGGGACUGGGAGUGCUCUACCUGGCCCUGAGGGUGAGAGUGGUCUCCUCUCCAUCCCAUCUUGUGGGGCCUGUCUGCCUGAGAACUGUCUCCCUGCCAGGACUCAGCCUGAAUGAAACUGCUCCAGAGGUUAGUGCUCAGGACACCUGAGGCUAGUGUAGGACAUGUCAGAGUAGCAGCCUUUGUGCUCAGCCAUUCUCUCUGGGAUCUGUAGGCCGUUUUCUGAGUUCUACUUCUUGCCUCUGAGGGCAAUCAGGUCCUUGUUUUGCCCAACUUUUUAUUGGGCCAGCCAAGUGAGGAUGCCCAGGAACAGCUGUUGUAAAAUCAGUUUUGUUUCUUGCUCUGUUUUGAUGCCAUGUUGAAGAAGACUUUGGUGUCUCUUCCCCUGCCCCCCCCCCCCAACUCCAUCUUGGAGUUUCUACAGUGUGGACUGGAUAGUCACUGCAGGCCAGGAAGGAAUAUGGGCUUGGGCUCAACGUCUCAGACACCGGAGUCUUUGAUACUGGAUAUGACUGCCUCCUGAGCUGUAGGGCCUUCGUCCCACCUCUUUUGAUACAAACAUUGGGCAGCUUUUGGAGGGCAGGCAGCCUUGAAGACCUGCCCUUUUCUCUCCCCCCUAUCAGCAGUAACAAGGUACCUCCAGGGUUGGUGUAGCAUGAGCCCUCUGACAAUCAUGUGCAGCCUCUGCCUGGGCUUCCACAGAGUUCUGAGCUGGAGGUAAUUUUAGCGUCCUUUUCCUCUCCACUAGGAGGUACAAUCGUCUUUUGUGUCCCUAUGUGGUCACUCCAUUUCUUGGUAAAAGGGAGGAGGGACAGCAGCUUUGUCUGGGGGAGGGUACCUGUGGUUGUUUUUAAUGGGAAAUACCUCUCAGAGAUACUCAUGUGAGCUCCCUAGGGCCCCAUGCCAGUGUCAGACUGGUUUCCAUGGAGAUAGGGCACUGAGGCGCCUGUGAGGUUGGAAUUGACUCCACCAUGGGGGUCCUUCAGCCAGCAUCCAGCCCCCACCCCCAAGCUGGUGGCAGCAGUGCUAGGACGCUAUAUUUCCACCCAAUUCUGGGUGUAUCAGUGUGUCUUGCAGAAUCUUGGAUCAUUAAAGAUAAACAUAUUUUUAA